UGUUCGCUGCCUAGGCAGCGGGGUAAACCAAUAGGAGCAGUGCUCCCCUAUGGGGCGGAGCACCACGAUAUAGAACAAGAGGAUGAGAAUGUUUCUCACUUUGCAUUGAGGUGGGCUGGCUGGCUAAGGUGUGCUGUUUGAAAAAAAAAAUAUUAGAGAUUUGGGAAAGUUUGUUCAGUCAGUUUGUCUUGUUGAUUUUGUUUGGUGGAAGAAGAAAAAAACGCCACUAAUGCUGUUGUGAAAUUUCGUAUUAAUAUUUGUGGGUAUCAAAUAAAUUCUCAACAAAAGAUGAAUGAAGCUGCUAGAAUCAAGGGCGUAUAUAAGCGUGUAUUUACGGUAUUUCACGGCCCGCCCAACCUCGUCAGCUGUCCGGAACUAAUCAGAAGAUAACUUCCGGAGGAGGUGAAGAGGUGUGAAAAGGUGAAGCCACCAUCUGAUAACAAAGAAGAUGUUCCUUGAUGUAGCCUUCUCUCCUCACAUCACAGUAGGAUCAAAUUAGAUCGUUUGUUGCAGUCUACUUGGUAACCAUGUCUCACGAACUCGCUUUUCGUUGUCGUGUUACCUCCAUUAUGGAAGCUUUGACAGCAACAGUCGUGCAAGAAAUCUGUCAAUUUAUGGGAGAAAGCUAUGCUGCUCUUCGAGUGGAAAUGUUGCAUGAACAAAAUAAAAAAGAGACAAGGAUGGAGAAGCCAACGAAUUGCCUUGAGAACGUUUCUAAACCUGUUAGUCCACGAAGUUUGGGAAACUUUCCAGUCGUGGGGCAAAUCCUCAAUAAACAAGAGGCCAACUAUCAUUGGCUAGAAGACGGUGCUGUUUUUGAAGGUCUAGCAUCACCGGUGCCAGAGACGGAGAGACGAGAGCCAUCACAGCCCUCUGGUCAGAUUCCAGACACGGUACCAUGGCCAGUAUGGCUCAUCAAACAGGAGGAUAUGGCUGAUGAUGAUCAGGAAAAGGAAGAUUACGGCGAGUGGAUUCCAGAGACUCACAAGGCCAACCAGAAUAUCACAGGAGAAAGUGAUGAGGAAGAGAGAAGUCAAGCCUCUGGGGGAUCCAAAGAACUUGGACUCAAGGACUUCAAGAGAGAAGUUCAAGAGAGUCCGUUGCUGGUGUCAACUGAGGAUGCUGCAGCACCCAUAAAGAUGAAGUAUAAAACGAGCAUGUUCGAACACACUGGGAAGCCACGCUUUCGCUGCGAUAUCUGUGGUGAGAAAUUCCAGCGUCAGAGCGGCUUGACAAGGCACCAACGGCACAAACACAACACAGUGGAAACCUACAGUUGCUAUGUGUGUGGGAAAGGGUUCACCUACAUCAAAUCCCUCAACACGCAUGAGCUCACGCACUCCGACGUCUCUAUCAGUUCUACUGUAACUCUUGAUGAAGCCAAGGCAAGGAAAAGACAUCUGACUGAUGAACCCACAGACAGAAAUGCAGCGAGAGAUAUGAUCAGUGCCAUCCUUCACUCAAAGCCAGGUGGAGAAAAGGUAUUCCAGGAGUAUUUGAAAACCAAAGGUCUUACGGAUAGCACACGGAGACUGAUGGUGAACAUUAUUGUGGCCGAUAUGAUGGAAAAUCAUGGUAGGAUCCCCCCAUCAAGAGUCCGCACCAACUACGCCCUGGGGAUUGUGACUUUAUUCCCCUACUUGAAUGAUCCAGAUUCAGAGCAUGGCUAUGAACAAUAUUACGAUGCAGCUAGUGGGUCUGGUUACCUGACUUGGAGAAUAAAGACAGUGGGACGCAACAAAUCAUGUAAGAUCAAGAAGAGAACCAAGUCCACCUAUCAAAAUGGUCCAAAGGCUCAACAAAGUUCCCCUUCAGCUGUUGAGCAACUGUCAGGUGAUGAAUGCAGAGAUGAGCAAGUGUCCAUGUCUGAGGUGUCUAUCUGCUCAGUUGGGUCUGAUUCGUCUGGAUCAACUGUCAUUCUGGAAAAAACCAAGGCAAGAAAAAGACGUCUGACUGAUGAACCCACAGACAGAAAUGCAGCGAGAGAUAUGAUCAGUGCCAUCCUUCACUCAAAGCCAGGUGGAGAAAAGGUAUUCCAGGAGUAUUUGAAAACCAAAGGUCUUACGGAUAGCACACGGAGACUGAUGGUGAACAUUAUUGUGGCCGAUAUGAUGGAAAAUCAUGGGAGGAUCCCCCCAUCAAGAGUCCGCACCAACUACGCCCUGGGGAUUGUGACUUUAUUCCCCUCGUUGAAUGAUCCAGAUUCAGAGCAUGGCUAUGAAAAAUAUUACGAUGCAGCUAGUGGGUCUGGUUACCUGACCUGGAGAAUAAAGACAGUGGGACGCAACACAUCAUGUAAGAUGAAGAAGAGAACCAAGCCCACCUAUCAAAAUGGUCCCAAGGCUCAGCGAAGUUGCCCUUCAGCUGUUGAGCAACUGUCGGGGGAUGAAUGCAGAGAGGCGAUAUCUGCGCUUCAGCAUACAACUAAUGAGUCACUGGUUAAAGAGAAGAUGAUGGCGACGUACCAAUACAGACAGGAGAUGGUUCAUGAUCCGGAGAAGUCCUCAACUGUCCUAGAUGUCUUCCCAAGAUUCCUUGACACUACAGGCUUGAUCGACCAAGAUUUCACCAUGCUUUUCGGAGAGGUGGUGUCUGGGACAUUUUUGGCGAAGUGGCCAACUUUCUUCAAACCCAGGGUCAUCGCAGACUGUAAAACCCUUCCCUCCAGCGAACCUGUGGAAGACCUCCUCUCAUCUGCACAGCAGGAAUCCAAUGAUUAUGGAUGGGAGAGUGACUUGGCAGCCAUUUUGUUGCUUCUGCAUCUCCUACCCCCGACCUCAAAGGGCCCGAAGACCGCAAAGAUCCGUACCUCUCAAGCUGCUGACCAUUUGGUUAGAUUUAUGAAGGUGGGGACCAGUAUGGCGACCUUCCUUGAGACAGUUGGCUGUGAGCAGCAGCCCUUCCUCCUCUGUGUCGGUGAAAGGAAGAACAUCCUCCAGAGGUUUUACAUCGUCGUUGACCAGAAGGCCAUCCCAUGCAAGGCCCAAACAUCAGUGGCAGCUUUUGAUGAGCUCUUUAAGGCCCACUAUGUCUUCAGUGUGUCCUACCAUGAAGCUUUGUGCAACUUCUACACAUUCAUCCAGACCACCGUGUACGGUAUCGACGUGGGGAAGGCAAAGGAGUCGUCAAGAGUCAAGGAGAUUAGAGUAAGGCUGCUUAACAAAGACCAGGGGUGUAGUGCUGCCGGAGCACAAGGGAGCGGCACUCCCACACUUCUUUCAAUUUGACAAUAUAAGAAGCUGGUAAAAAUAUUUCCGGAAAAUGAUUUCUAAAGCUGAAUCAAUGUCCAGCAAGAUCACAUAAUGAUGAAUUUGUAUUUUACAUAACAGAAUUGCAGUAGGCAUCUAAUAAUGUUACUGUUACACCAAAAAAAACAAAAUUUCUAGUGAGAUUUCAGGAUGUUUAGCUGAAGCUGAAUAGUCCCAUUGUUCUAAUGCGGCCAGAACUCAACAGCUUGUGCCACUAGGCAGGAUAUGUGCUUUGAUUGAAACAAAAUACAAGAAAGGCUAUUAGCUUAACACCAUCUGCUCUAAUUCACUCACAAAACAGUAAUGGCCUAUUUUUAAAUUAGAUAUGCCUAACUUGGUGUUUGAGGGUGUUACAAAUACAGCUCUGGAAAAAAUUAAGAGACCACUUCACAUUUUUCUU